AUGCCAGGAAUACAGCUGGAGGCACCGCAAUUGGAACAGAAGCAGCACGAAGAUAAUGCUAGGAAUGCAGCUAGAAGCAUCGCAAUUGGAACAGAAGCAGCACGAAGACAAUACCAGUUGGAAGGGUACGGAAACAAUGCUAGGAUCACAGCUGGGCAUAUUACCAAGGAUAUCAAGGCUAUCAAGGACACAGCUGGACGCUCGCAAUCAAGGGUUGGGGAGGGGGGGGGUUAA